AUGGCUUGUUCUGCAACUGCCCAAAUCAUUCAACCUUUGUCCAUUAACUCUGCCAGAUCUGUUGAUAACUCUGAUGCUUGCGCUAAAAUCCUCAAUCCCUCUUCUUUUCUUGUAUCCACACCUCGCAUUAACAAGAAGCUCUUUUCCGUUAACAAAUCCAUUUCACCUUUCGCUCGCCGAUCCGCCACCGUCUUUGCCGUCUCCUCCGAUGUUGUCAAGGAGAAGAAGCUCAAAUCUAACUCCUCACUCUCCAAUCUGUUGAUUACAAAAGAAGAGGGUCUGGAAUUGUACGAGGAUAUGUAUUUGGGGAGAGCUUUUGAAGACAUGUGUGCCCAGAUGUAUUACAGGGGGAAAAUGUUUGGGUUUGUUCAUUUGUACAAUGGUCAAGAAGCGGUAUCCACUGGAUUCAUCAAACUCUUGAAGAAGGAAGAUUGUGUGGUUAGCACUUACCGGGACCAUGUCCAUUCACUGAGCAAAGGGGUUCCAGCACGUGAGGUUAUGGGCGAGCUAUUUGGCAAGACAACUGGUUGCUGUAGAGGCCAGGGUGGGUCAAUGCACAUGUUCUCCAAAGAACACAAUGUUCUCGGUGGCUUUGCUUUCAUUGGUGAAGGCAUUCCCGUGGCUACGGGUGCUGCCUUCACUAGCAAGUACAAGAGGGAGGUUUUGAAGGAGGAUUGUGAUGAGGUGACGUUGGCUUUCUUUGGAGAUGGGACUUGUAACAAUGGCCAGUUCUUCGAGUGCUUGAACAUGGCUGCAUUGUGGAAGUUGCCUAUCGUUUUUGUUGUCGAGAACAAUUUGUGGGCUAUUGGAAUGUCCCAUUUAAGGGCCACUUCUGAUCCACAAAUUUGGAAGAAAGGGCCGGCAUUUGGGAUGCCUGGGGUUCAUGUUGAUGGUAUGGAUGUGUUGAAGGUGAGGGAGGUUGCAAAGGAGGCUAUUGGCAGGGCUAGAAGAGGCGAAGGUCCGACUUUGGUUGAAUGUGAGACCUAUAGGUUUAGAGGGCACUCGUUGGCUGAUCCCGAUGAGCUCCGUGACCCCGCUGAAAAGGCUCACUACGCCACCCGUGAUCCCAUCACUGCAUUGAAGAAAUACAUGGCUGAAAACAAGUUGGCAGCUGAAGCAGAACUGAAAGUCAUCGAGAAGAAGAUUGAUGAAUUAGUCGAAGAUGCUGUUGAGUUUGCAGAUAAAAGCCCCGUCCCAGCACGUAGCCAACUUCUAGAAAACGUAUUUGCAGAUCCUAGAGGUUUUGGAAUUGGACCUGAUGGGAAGUACAGAUGUGAAGAUCCAAAAUUCACCCAAGGCACUGCUCAUGUCUAA